AUGCCGACGGGUUGCGAAGUUCCGAAGAAUCAAAUCUUCGAGAGUGCUCCUUCUUCUGCCGAAUUUGAGUCUGGCGUCGAGCUCACCAACUUCCCUGCAGUUUUCCGAGGAUGUGCUAGUCACUGGGAUGCCUGUUCUAAGUGGAAUCCACUCAAUAAUGGCCUCGACUAUCUGGAGGAGCGUGCAGGUUCUGUUGAAGUGGAGGCAAUGCUUUCGAGGACCGCUCCGAUUUUCAAUGGUGAUAUCAGAAGCCAUGAGAGGGUAUCAUUGCCAUUCUCGAAUUUUAUUGGAUUCUGCAAGCAGCAUAUGAGAAGCAAAGGGAAUGGUUCCGGUGCUGUUGCUACGUCUGCUGCAUGUUUAAGUACUAUGCCUGAUUGUCCACUGCCUGAGGACCAUAUACCUGGACAAAUAUACUUAGCACAGUUUCCAGUUCUGAAUGAUGAGAAAGAAGAGAAGGUUCAACUCAAGAUGUUGAGACAAGACAUUCAGACGCCCACACUUUUGGAGGGAAAGUCACUGUCUUCUAUAAACAUUUGGAUGAAUUCUGCACAAGCUCGAUCAAGUACCCACUAUGAUCCACAUCAUAACCUCUUAUGCGUAGUCUCUGGGUCUAAAAAAGUUGUAUUGUGGCCGCCUUCUGCCAGUCCCUCGCUCUAUCCGUUGCCUAUCUACGGAGAAGCGUCAAACCAUAGUUCGGUUGGUCUAGACAAUCCGGAUUUAUCAGAUUAUCCAAGAGCAGAGCAUUCCCUGAAGCUGUCACAGGAGGUUACUCUUAACGCUGGUGAUGCAGUAUUCAUUCCUGAAGGUUGGUUUCAUCAGGUGGAUAGUGAUGAGCUGACUAUUGCUGUCAACUUUUGGUGGCAGUCAAACAUUAUGUCUAACAUGCCUGAACAUAUGGAUUCAUAUUAUCUGCGCCGAAUUACAAGAAGAUUGAUAGACAGAGAAAUGAGCCUGUUAGUUUCAAAGCCUUCGUCAACUGAUUUGAAGAAAUCAUCUGAGCAUAUUGACCAAUCCCACACUGGGCAGGCAGAAGGUGGAAAUGAUAACUCAAGCAAAGAAAACACUAAGAAAGGCAUGAGCGCAUUAAGUGAAAAGACGCCGCUGCAUGAUCUUGAUCCUUCUUCUUCCCAAGCACUUCACGAGCUUAUUUCCUUAGUGCAUGACCAGGUUAAUGCUGUUGAUACAAGUAGGGGACUGCAGCAUACUUCACCAAGUUGUUCAGAACCACCUCCAGAGAGCGACAAUAGCAAGAUCCUGGUGACAGCAUUGUCUUGUUUAGAAGAUGAUCGCGUUGCGCAUAUGCUUUGGAAUCUGGAAGCUUCUAAACUUCGGGAUGUUCUCCUUGCAAUGGCACGUUAUUUCCCAAGAACCUUAGAAGCAUUAAUACUCCACAUGCUCUCACCUAUUGCUGCGGAAGUCCUAACACAGAAGUUUGAUGAGAUGGACCAACAGACUGGUGAAGAAGAUAGGAACCAAUUCUAUCGGGAAUUUUAUGGUGCCUUUGAUGAUGAGUCAGCUGCGAUGGAUAUGAUUUUAAGUAAGAAAGAGGCAUUUGCAUUUCAGGUCUUUAAGAAUGUCCUAGACAAGUAUUUGGGGGUCAAAGUUGCUUCACCAAGCUCUCGGAAGCUGUAG